CUAUUCAUGACUUUUCACCUAUAUAUAUACCUCUCUCAGCUUCAUCACUUCCUCACUCACUCACAAAUACUAAUCUUUUCUCUCUGCCAUCCUUGCUCAUUCCCUUUUCUUUCAGCUUUAUUUGAAUCCUUUUCUCCUUUCCAAAUGGCCAGUGUUGAGGUUGCACAGCAAGCACCAACAACAGUAGUGCAAGAAAAUGAACCAACCGAGGUGACCAAGAUUCAGGAAACAAUCCCAGAACCAGAACAACCUGCAGCCACCGAGGUUGCUGCACCAGAACAACCAGCAGCAGAGGUUCCUGCCCCUGCUGAACCAGCCACCGAAGAACCAAAGGAAGAAACCACAGAAGAACCAAAGGAAACAGAAACAGAAACAGAAGCCCCAGUUGCUCCAGAAACCCAAGACCCACUUGAAGUUGAGAACAAGGAGGUAACAGAGGAAGCCAAGCCUGAGGAAGUGAAGCCAGAAACAGAGAAAACAGAGGAAAAAACAGAGGAGCCAAAAACAGAGGAGCCUGCAGCAACUACUGAAACAGAGUCAGCAGCACCUGUAGAGGAAGAGAACAAACCAGCAGAGGAAGCCCCUGUAGAAGUUGUUCCAGUUGAGAAGACUGAAGCUUAAAGAGUGAGAGUAAAAGAAUGUUUAAUUAAAUGGUCCCAGUUUCUGGUAUCAGGUCUACCAUUUUGCAAGUCAAGGUUGAAAAGUUUUUCUUUUUUAUUUCUUUAGUUUAAUUUAUUAAUAAUGUUAUUAUGAUGGUAAGUGUUGUUGGAUCUGGUUUACAAUAUGGGAGGGUAUACCUACAUGUAGGCAAUGCCUCAUCAGCACACAUGGCAAGUGGUGAACAUGAGAAAUUGUAUUGUGUGUUGAAGUGAGCUGAGUUGCUGGAGUUUGUGGUUGAUGAUGGUUCUUUGGAAGGGUUACAUGGGUUUGCCAUUGUGUGUUACUGUUUUUCUCUAGAUUUGAAUAAAAUAUAUUUACUACUUCAUAGCA